CAGCAAAAUGCAACAAUAUAUUAUUAUAUUAGUUAUGUUAUUUGCCCAAGCAAUCUUUGCUAACAAACAACUUUGUCAGCCAAGACUCUCCAGCGGUAAUUGCAGCUACGAGCAUUGUGAAGCCAAAAUGAAAACAUUUGGCUGUGCUAACUGCAAGACAGCGCAGAAUAUUGAGUUAACUGCCAAGAUAUUGCCCAUAAGCAAAAGUCGCCGCUAUAUGAACGAAAUGUGCAAUGGAAAUCGCAUGGAGUGGAUCUUCGAUUCGAGAGACAUUCGAUGGAGCAUAUGCUUCAAUGGCAAUCCGGAGGAGGACAACACUUUCAUAGGCAAAUUUCAAAAGCUCAAUGAUGCAUUAUAUUAUUUUGAAACAGAGUUCAAGGACACCUGGAUCGGCGCUCUACACACUUGCCGCGCAAUGUCCGCCAAUCUGAUCAGCUUCGACAGCGAGCAGCAAUAUAACCAAGUAACUGGCAAAUUGGCCAAAACUCUGGACUUCUGGACGGACAUCAAUGAUCUAAGCAACGAGCAGCACUACAGAUCGUUCACCACAGGCGAACCUGCGCCAUACACCAAUUGGCAAGCCAAAGCAGUCCACAGCAAAAAUGCAACUGAACGCUGUGUCGCCUUAAAUCGGUCAAAACAUAUGUACCCCGAUAAAUGCACAGCGCAGAAAUAUUUUAUUUGCAUGUUGUAAAUUCAAAGCAUGGCAAUAAAUAUGAAAUAUUUUCA